AUGUCUGGAAAUCAAGCGUCUGCCGUGCCGCAGGGAGAUGAUCAAAGGAGAGCGAGGCCGGAGUCUGAGGAUGUCACGGAUCAACCCGCUGCGACACAAAUAAGAGUGGAGGAGGCGCGGCGACCACAGUGGACCAUUAGCAGCACCGUAAAGGACAUCCUGCUGGAGGGAAACAAUAACAGGAGCAACAUGAUGCUGAACGAUUUCCUUCGGAGCUACUUGGGCGGCAGGGGCGUUGUGGACACCAAUGAGAACGUCGCUAUGGAGAUGUUUGUGUUGAGACCCACGAUGUUUAUUAACGACAGUGAAAUAUUGGGCAUGAUAACGGCAUCGCCGUCAUACCAAGAGCUGGAGGCUAUUUAUAAACUUCACCACGGGGGUGUGCACUUUCUCGAGCAAUGGAGGGACUAUCAAGGAAAGGCUACGCUCACUCCACUUGUAUGUGAAAAACUAAACGGGGUUCUCGCUCAGGUACUGAGAAAAGAAAAACGUGAGGCAAAUGAAAGAGCGAUGCUUGAGGCAGCGAAGGUUCCUGAAGCUGUGAUGCUGGAGGGAUGCUACGAGUCUGUGUACAAUGCGAGUUGGCACCAUGUGGUGGAAGUUCCUGGUGGCGAGGGGACGAGAACGGGGACGGCAAUGGAGGUGAAGGAGGGGAAACGGAAACAGUCAUGGAAGUACAACGAAGUUGGCGACACUCCCGAAAAGGAUGACGGUGUGGAGCAAUCCGGUGCAGAGCGUCUCAGGCUGAUGGUGCUCACCUCGGAAAAGGGAUGGCCGUACUCGUGGAAACGGGGGGUGAGUGAAAUUAUUCCUGACUGCUAUGUGAACUCUGAGGUGGAGCGAGUGUGGCAGAUUGUCAUUGGCGAUCUAACCGAGUGGUUCAGCAUUCACGGUGGGAACAAUCCUUCGCCCAAGCGGCGUGUUUUGAUUGGGACGCCCGGGAUUGGGAAGUCGAUGAAUGCCGGCUCGUACCUCCUCUAUCAGCUGCUGCACUACGAUGCGGAGCGGCUCCCAAUGGUUGCGUACUUUAUUGGGAGUCAAUCAUUCCUAUUUGACAAGAUCACAAGAACGGUGAAAAAAUGCAGUGGGGCGUCUAGUAUCGUGGAUAUUUUGGACGGGUUGUCUGACCGUGGGGUGAAAGGGUAUAUUAUCUACGACGUGGCAUUGGCAUCUCGUCAACCGCCUGCUGGUUUGCCUUGCAAGGGAUGGGGCAUGAUUGUUGUGACAUCACCGAACACAAAGAAUUACUAUCAUUGGACGAAGAUAGCGGAACCGGAAAAAAUCAUAAUUAAUUGUCCUGAAGAAAACGAUGUGAAGGCAAUGUGCAUUUGGAUGAAGCACAAUCGGCGGCUUCCGGAGGAAAAAACGGAGGAGGAAGCGGACUACUGGAAAAAGGUGAAGGAACGCAUGGAUGAAGUGGGGCCGAUUCUCCGCUUCAUCUUUAAUGAAAAAAAGUGUAAGGAUCGCUUUAACGAGUGUGAAGGCGCUGUGAAUAGUAUCACCGGUUCGAUGCUACAGUAUUACACUGGUAUUGGAACUGGCAAAUCGUGCGACGGCAAUCAUGUGUCUCACAAGCUUGUGAAGGUUGUCCGAGUACGAAAAGACAACAUUGAAUCGCAUUUGAAUGUACUGAUAUCUCCCCAUUUUGAACGUGAAACAUUCUCCAAGAUGAAAAGAGAAAUGAGGCGGAUGGACUUUACUUAUCUCGUGUUGAGUAUUUGGGAUUAUGUCAUUCCACAAAUUCUUGAAGAUGAAGCCCUGGACGCAUUUUUGAAUGAGGAUUUCCUGCGUGCGAUAAGAUCUAAAAUUGAAGAACUGAAGCUAACAGGACGACCUGAGCCACACAGCUGUGCGCUGAAAGUGCAUUCGAACAAAAGCUUCACCAGGAAAGAGGUUCUACCAGAGAACCCUUCUAAACGGAUUGCCAUAGAGUACUGGGUGCUGUACAAACCGGUGACUCAUAACUUUCCGCUGGUGGACGGCUUUUUCUUUGUGGACUCAAAACCGAAGAUAAUGGUUGGGCUGCAGAUCACUACGGCGCGUGAGCAUCACACCAUACCCAGCACUGUGGAGCUGUUCACUGAACGUAUGGCGGAAUAUUUUAAUGGUUGGGAGGAGUUAUCCCGAGACAUGUCGUGGGAGAUUAUUUAUGUGCAGCACGCAGACAGCACGCCGAUGAAAAAAUGGCAGAGAUGUGAUUACGUCAAUCCCAACAAUGAAACCGACGCUGAAGAAAAAAUUGUGGCGUUCUGGGACGGAAAGGUACACCAAUACCAGUUUGUGUUAACACCUGAUUUUGUAAAUAAAAUCCGAUAA